GACCGCUAGUCACAUCGUAGCCGGCGCGGGCGCAUCCCGUUGAACCGAACGCGUUCCAAAAAUACCCGCCGACCGGGCCGCGACGCGAUGGCCUGACGAACCAAACAAAGAAUAACCAAAAUUUCAUACAAAACUUACAUUUUGCUAGCUCCAGUGUUGUGACAGUGGUAUGGUCUUCUGGUGCGAUGUCGCCGACUGCGAUUGGUGCGGACCUGCCCCAGUGGUGCGGCAAGACCGAGGGCUGCCCCCAAGCCCUCCUCGGCUGGCUCUACUUAACCCACGACCAGAAUGAUCAGUGGGUGCCCGGUUCAGUAUGGGGCCCUCUACCAACGGCAGCGUCAGGGCCUGCAGCCCCACCAGCUGAUGACACCAGUUCUCUAGCAGAACAGUUGGCAGCCCUAUCAUUGAGGAGACCACCUCGACCGCCACCUCCGGCGUACAUGUGCCAUCUAUGUUUCAAGAAAGGACAUUACAUUGGAGAUUGCCCUCAGGCUCGUCCAAAAGGUGAAGGUCUAACUCCAUACCAGGGCAAGAAGAGGUGCUUCGGCGAAUACAAAUGCCCCAAGUGUAAGCGCAAGUGGAUGAGCGGCAACUCCUGGGCCAACAACGGGCAGGAAUGCAUCAAGUGCCGCAUCAAUGUCUUCCCGCACAAACAAAGGCCGCUGGAGAAACCAGACGGACUGGAUGUGAGUGACCAGUCCAAGAUCCACCCUCAGCAUCUGUGCCAGAAAUGCCGCUCUCUUGGAUACUAUUGCCGCAGGGAGUACUAAAUACUUAACCCAUAAAUUAAACAGUACAAGGACAUAGAAAUAGAGAGAUACGAGUUGAAAAUCUAAUUUUGUCUUUGUUAGUUCCUGACACGAUUCAUAGAUGGCGCUGUUUAUCAAAUGUCAUCAAUCACUCUCAUAGAUUUUUUUUAAAGAUGCGGUAACUUAAAUGUUCGUUAUUUUCUAGUUUAUAUAUUUACUUAUAUUUUUAAAUUUAAGUUUACUUUUAAAGUUUUAAGAUAAUGAAAUGUAUAUUUCGAAGGUUUUAUCCAAAAAGAUUUUUAUAUGACGAGUUAUGAAAUACUUACAUUUUAAGUAUGUUGAGUGCACUAAUUUACUGUUGUAACAUUUUAUCUUAAAUAUCUUUUCAUCAUAAUUUUGAUAAUAAUGAAAUUUGUGUCACGCUGAAGCUAUAUCGUAUUUAAUUUUGCUUCAGAUUUGUGUGUCAGUAUCUUUAGUACGAAUUUGCUUUACGCUUAAAGUAAUCGAAACGAGUACGCGUUUGGCGCUCUGUGGGCUUAGUACGAGUUUAAAAGCAAACUCUUACUAAAAAAAGUACAUGUUUUUGAAGGCCCAACCUAACCUCAAAGAGCCAGCAAUCUCUCUUGCAAUUUCCCUAGCUUGACUUAGGUAUCAUCAUCAUUAAAUAAGAAGUCAAGAAUAAUAUGAAAAAAAAGUAUUUUCAUAAUACUAAAUUCCUUCAAUAAAAUUGACACUAUGGUCUCAAUUAGUGCACUCUAUUUUAAUGCGUAGCUUACUUUAGUUUAAGUACUAUAACUCCAAAUGGCAUUACAGUUACUUACAGAUUUUUAUAUGUAUAUUUAGACAUUAUAAGUGGCUUGUUAUAGAUAUAUUAUCUAUAAUAUGACAUUAUGAGAUUAUUUAUGCCAUGUUUUAUAAAAAUGUUAUUUGUGUUUGUCGUGUUAACAUAUUUUUUUCAAUGUAUAUUAUGGUCUAAGGUGAUUUUAUUAACCCUUGAUGUUAUUCAGUACAUAUUCAGUUACAUAUGUGUAGGUAAAAUCGUGUUUCGUAUGCCAUACAUUCAUAUUAUUAAUUUGUAAUUCAUUAGUGUACCCAAAGAUAUGUUUCAAUAGGAAUGAAGUUCGUUCUAUAAUCAUUUUAAAAGAACAUUUAAAAAUUACAUAUUUCCAUUGUACAAAAGUUACCUUUUCACCCGCCAAUGGAAUGGCAAGAUGAUGCCAUAAUUAAUUAUUUUUUAAAAAUGUUACAUUAAUUAAGUACCUACUUAUUAAGAUAUUUUACUAAAACGUAAUCCCAAAGAACAUGUGAAUUCUAAACGUGCCAAAAAUGUUAGUUUUUAAGUGGUUUAUCCCUAUUGUAUUGUGCCAUUGUUGACAAAAUAUAUUAGAUCUAAUAAGAGAGAUAUUAUGAAAAGUAUAUAUUGAACAUGUUAGCUGCGUUUCGUUGCUAUACUCUGAAACAAAAUCUAUACAUAUAAUAAAAUCGUAGAAAAGUGCUGUCUGUACAUUGAAAAUAAAAAUAAAAAAAAUAGCAGGGGUUAUUGUUAUGUCGAUGUCGAACCCAAAAAUGUAAUUAACUUUUUUUUUGUCUGUUUGUCUGUUUGUCUGUUUGUCUGUUUGUCUGUUUGUCUGUUUGUCUGUUUGUCUGUUUGUCUGUUCGUCUGUGCGCGCUAAUCUCAGAAACGGCUGAUCCGAGUUGGAUGCGGUUUUCACGAAUAUAUUGUGGGAUGCUUAAAUUUACAUUUAGUGUUUGUUUCAUGUCAAUCGGUUCAUAAAUAAAAAAGUUAUGUCAAAUUAAAGAAUCACGUCGAACAUUCUAUGCUUAUACCAUUAAUCUCCGCAACUAUUUGACGGAUUUGGUUGAAAUUUGGUACAGAUAUAGUUUAGAACCUUAGAAAGGACAUAGAUAUAUUUUUAUUUCAAAAAUCAAAAAAUAAAAAUAAGAAAUAAAUUAUUUAUAAAUAAUUCUAUGUCGAUCGUUACACGACUUCGGUUCAUGUUAUUGUUUUAAUUCAUCGAAAAAAAGUAAAUAAAUAGUAAAAAGGUAUGAAAAAAAUAAUAUCAAUAUAAUUAAACUUUUAGUACAAAGAAAAUGCCCGAACGGAGUAUAAAUAAAUAAUCCAAGUUGUCUUUAUCCUCGAUAGAUGGCGUUGGGAUCGAAAUAGAUCGCGCUAUGGUUUCGUUACAUUCAUUUGGUUGGGUAUCGGCCGAGCGCUUCGGUACUAUCGUAGAAAAGUGUAUUAUCAGUCGUAUGAUUAUUUGUCUGUAGUGGUCCUGCUGUUUCGUAUAUUCUAAAUUGGUUUCGUUGUAUUUGUCAAUUAAUAAGUUUAUUUGUUGGGUUUUCCUGGUUUUUUGGUUAAACUAUUUAACGUAGGUUUAGUUUGAUAUCGAUUAUUAGUAGUUACUGUAGUUAGUUUUUUUAAUAAAAUUGUAAGUCUAAUUUAUAAAUUAAUUAGAUUAGAUUUAAGUCGUUUCUUUUAAAUUAUUUAGUUUAAGCUUGGUUAUUAUAGCAUAGAGGAUAGGUUGUAAUAUAGUUUCUUUUUUAAUUGUUAUAAAUUCGUAAUUCGUAGCUUUCUUUAGUUUUAAGUUAGUUUAAGUCCGUUUUUAAACUAUUUUUUCAAUGCCCUAAGUGAGUAUACAUCUAUUAAAUUCAAACGCAGAGCUCAUUAUGUUGAUUUUUGAAGAGUUCCCUGGAAUAUCUUCCACAUCUCAUUUUUUAAGAGAUCCCGCGAGAUCGGGAACUAUGUGGUUAAAACCAAAAAUUUGCCGGAAGUCACUAUUCCACGCGAACGAAGUCGCGGGCAAAAGCUAGUGAUAAAUAUUUUGAUUAAAAUAUGUCAUGGGAACAUGGUAAUGGUAAUGUUCUCUGCACCACCCAAGGGUCUGAUAGGCAGAAAAUGCCAACGGCAUUAUGUCUACCGAUGUAUUUGUGCAUAAAACUUUUAAAAUAAAUAAAUAAUGCCCCUGCCAAUACGAAUUAAACUGAGCUCUAGAAGUCUAGAGCACUACUUAUCUUCUCCUCAAAUGUUUUUUAUUAAUUUCUGAAUGUUUUCAACAAAUCCAAACCAACUAUUUUUCUAUCAGAAUAUCUCACUUAUAGCGACGAAAACGCAGCUAUAUGUUAGUGAUAGUUGCCAAAACCCUUGCAUUAUAAUUAGGUCUUGUUUCUGAAUUAAGUAAAUGACAUUGAAUUCUAAAGGAUUUAUUAUAGUGCUUCUAAAUUAACUGUGGAUAAUCUUAUUAAACCAAAUGUAGAUAAAUGUAUAAUGCUACUUUAGUAACGUUUUCGAAAAAGAAGCUAAAAACACACUCGUUUUUUUUUCAAAAACGAGCAACACACUACUAGCUUUGGUAACUCUUCUGGUGUGGUUAUACUUGUGUGAGACAAGAGAGUGUCAGACUCUUACUGACUAAAAAUCACGCCGUUUCUGCUCUUGCAUCGAGCCGGAGCAUCGGUAUCUAAUCAGAGAUCUCGAGAUCUCUCUCAUAUUCGUAAAUGCUAAUAAUCACCUGAUCCAUCUGCCCGUUUGACCCUAUCCCGAUAUUUUUUAAAUGACCUUACUGAGCUCACGGUUAAUUUACUAGCACUAUAAUAUUUAAUAUUUGUAUAAUCUGUGACGUGCACUGACAUUCCUUUUCAUGUCAUUUACACAUCCAAUAAAAAAAUGUCGUCAAAUAUUUUACUAACCAAAUAAAUGAUAAGUCGGUGUCGCUGAAUCAAAGGUGCUUAUAAAUAAGAGAAUCAUUAUUAUCCCUGUGUGUUUAAUUAUUAUGUCCAUCUUAUGUUUAAAAUCAUUAAAUUCAUAAUGUAAUUUUCACUCUUCCAUUUGUUUCAAAAAUCAUUUAGAGGUUAUGUUUUAAAUUUGAAUUCUUUAAAAACUUCAAACAGUGUUGCUAAUUCACAAAUUUCAGAUUUUUUUUAUUUGUCACGUUACAGUUUUUUUUUAAUUAAAUUAUCUUUAUUCUUUAUUGCCAAAAAAGUAAAUAAGUAAAUAUCUCUGUGAAGGUUUAAUUUUAAGGAUUUCCUUAUAUUAUUUUUGAUUGUGAAAAUUAUAAUUUUGUAACUAUAAGUUGUACUUUCACUCAAGUUUCGUUAAUAUAGAAGUAUUAUUAUUAAAUGUAUUACUUAAUCAUUAUUGAUGAACAUAUUAUUGUAAUCUGUUACUUAAAUAGAUUUAUUGUAUGCCGCCAUUUUUUAUUUUUAAUAAAAUUUUAUAAAAAUAUUAAUUUCUUUCACUUUUUGUAUCGCUCACCUUUUCACUGCUCUGAAUUUAGGUAUAGACUUACUUAGGUACUCACUUACAUAAUGAU